GUGUCAUCUUCCACGAGUCUUCAAACAUCUCGCCAGCACUCCAUCACAUGGGAACUGCUUUUUUUGCCUUACCCGAACACCGGAGUAUUCGUCUACCAAUAGGCCUUGAUGGACUUAGUUGUGCUGCUUUUCUUCCAGAUUCCACGUUGUGCAGGAUAAUACUCGGUACCUCUGGGGGCCGCAUCAGAAGGUGACCGUGUUUUGUUACGUUGUUCGAUGAGUUCACCAGCUACGACUUCUCAGGCCAUAAAACUGAUUGUGUUUACCAACGAAGAUGGCACAAGUCUGUUCGAUGCCUAGAUUUCCUUCCCUGCACUCACACCUUGGUCACUGCUUCCAGCGAAAGCGGACUUAAAGUGCACGAUAUUGACACAGGAAAAAGAGUGUGGAUGUGCCUCCGUGCACAUGACCGUACGGCAAUCUGCAGUUUGUUGACCACUUCAUCCACGCAGUGGGUCACGGGAGAUGAAGACGGCAUAGUUAAAAUCUGGGAUAUACGCAUUCCCGGAGCUGCCGUUCAGACUAUUCUGCCACUAUCCGAGGAGGACGUUGAUGACAAUUUUGGCGCCGUCAAUGAUAUGGCCUUCGGUGAUCGUCGCAACGUACUCCUUGCCGCUCUGGACAAUGGCUCCCUAGCAGUGCUGAACAUCAGGAAAACAAGAGUCGAAGUGAUGUCUGACACUCUCGGCUAUAGCGCACGCUCGGUCGUUGUGCUCAAGAAUAGUCGCAACGCUGUAGUUGGCACCGAAGAAGGAUUUCUGUGUGUUUUUAAUUGGGACGAAUUUGAAAUAGUGGCCGACCGAUUCGCUCUUUUCCCAUCCAAUACAACGAAGGAUGGCACGUCCGUGGAGAAAAUUGUGAAGCUCAGCGAGGACGCCGUUGCAGUGGCCACGGAUGAUGGAAAGAUCAGCGUCGCGACCGUGCGUCCAAAUGGCCUACUAGGUGUAAUUGGGCAUCACUCAGACACCGAGCGUUCAGGCGGGGACUGUCUUAAUCUCGCAUUCAGCAGGGAACAUUGCCUACUUGCAUCUGUGUGUCCAGAUAGCUCGAUCGCCCGCCUUUGGCCAAUGGGGCAGUGGAUGGACAAAGUGAAUAACGACUUGGCAAAAAACGCUAAAAAGAAACGUUCUGGUCGGUCAAAUGAAACGAUCGAGAGGGUGGAAUACUUGUCUGGGCUGCUGCCCGAGACAUGCAAUCAGAUCACUUCGGACAACGAAGAUGGAGAUUCCGAUGGUAGCUCCGACUGAGCAACUGAUUCCGAGUGUGCAUCAUAGUGAUCUCCUCACUGACCACCCAUCAAUCUCGUAAAGUGGAACUUUUGUGGGAUUUGAAAAGCAUUUGAUAUUUGUUAUGCAAUUUGCCCAUUAAAUUCGGUCUUUCAUCCUCUGCGUGA